AUGUUAACACUACCGUUUGAUGAGUCUGUUGUAAUGCCAGAAUCCCAGAUGUGCAGAAAGUUUUCCAGAGAAAGCGAUGACCAAAAGCAAAUGAAGAACCCAGAAAGCUUUUCGAAGCAGAUUGUGCUCCGAGGAAAGAAUAUUAAAAGAUCUCCUGGAGAAGACACAGAAAAAGAGGAGGAGGAGGAAGAGAGAGAAGAGGAGGAUGAGAAUGGCUUGCCUAGGCGAAGGGGCCUUCGGAAAAAAAAGACGAGCAAGAUAAGGAUGGAAAGGAUCAAAUUCAGGCGACAAGAAGCCAAUGCUAGAGAGAGGAACCGGAUGCACGGCCUUAACGACGCUCUGGACAAUUUAAGGAAAGUGGUCCCUUGUUAUUCUAAAACGCAAAAACUGUCCAAAAUAGAAACUUUAAGACUAGCCAAGAACUACAUUUGGGCUCUUUCUGAAAUCCUGCGAAUUGGCAAGAGACCCGACCUGCUCACCUUCGUCCAAAACUUGUGCAAGGGUCUGUCCCAGCCAACUACAAACUUGGUGGCGGGAUGCCUGCAGCUGAAUGCCAGAAGUUUCCUGAUGGGCCAGGCGGGCGAAGGCGCCCAUCACACCCGCUCGCCCUACUCCACCUUCUACCCCCCCUACCACAGCCCCGAGCUUGGCACCCCUCCGGGGCAUGGGACUCUCGACAACUCCAAGUCCAUGAAACCUUACAAUUACUGCAGCGCUUAUGAGUCCUUCUAUGAAAGCACUUCCCCCGAGUGCGCCAGCCCACAGUUUGAAGGUCCCUUAAGUCCUCCCCCAAUUAACUAUAAUGGGAUAUUUUCCCUGAAGCAAGAAGAAAGCUUGGACUAUGGCAAAAAUUACAAUUAUGGCAUGCAUUACUGUGCAGUGCCACCCAGGGGUCCCCUUGGGCAGAGCUCUAUGUUCAGGUUGCCUACAGAGAGCCACUUCCCUUACGACUUACAUCUGCGCAGCCAGUCUCUCACCAUGCAAGAUGAAUUAAAUGCAGUUUUUCAUAAUUAA